UGGUAGAGUGGGCUUGACUGUGGGUGCUUGAGGGGCAGCCGGCGUUCAGGGUUGUGACUGCAGGGAGUUUGAGGGAGUUUCUGAAUGCCCUCGGUCUCGGGGAUGGGCAGUGGAACGGGGGCCUUCUCAAGCUUUCUCCCUCACCCCAAUACUGGGACGUGGCUCACUGGGGCCUUGGUGGGAAGGCUCUUCCUCCCUCCUUGGGUGGCAGGAAAUAACCUCCCCAGCGCAGCCCAGUGCAGCUGUGGUUUGGUGAGAUGCCAGGGCUGGAGUGCUGUGGAGGAAGCUUCCAUUGUUUUUAACCUUUCAUUUUCAGGCUACACCCUGAGAGGCCGUCCUUGGUUGCUGGGAGCCCUUGUGCCGGGCCUUCUCUCCUUGUUGCCUUCCAGAAACAAGCUGCCGUCUGGGAGGCAGAAGGUAAGAUCAGGAGCAGCCCGGCCAGAGUUCCAAGGCUGAGGCCCCUGCAGAAGCUGCAGAGAUGCCCCACUCCAGCCUGCAUCCAUCCAUCCCACGGCCCAGGGGUCACAGGGCCCAGAAGGCAGCCUUGGUCCUGCUAGGUACCUGCCUGGCGGCCCUUUGGGGGCUCGGGGAGCUGCCAGACUACACUCUCCAGUGGCUGGUGCUCCACCUGGCCUCCCAGCAGAUGGGACUGCUGAUCAAAGGGGUCUGCAGUCUGGCCGAGGAGCUGUGCCACGUCCACUCCAGGUACCAGGGCAACUACUGGAAGGCUGUGCGGGCCUGCCUGGGCUGCCCCAUGCGCCGUGGGGCCCUGCUGCUGCUGUCCUGCUAUUUCUACUUCUCCCUCCCAAACGUGGCUGGCCUGCCCUUCACUUGGAUGCUUGCUCUCCUGGGCCUCUCACAGGCACUUAACAUCCUCCUGGGCCUCCAGGGCCUGGCCCCAGCAGAGGUCUCUGCCAUCUGUGAAAAAAGGAACUUCAAUGUGGCUCAUGGGCUGGCCUGGUCAUAUUAUAUUGGGUACCUGCGGCUGAUCCUGCCAGGGCUCCAGGCCAGGAUCCAAAUUUACAAUCAGUUCCACAAUAAUGUGCUACGGGGCGCAGGAAGCCACCGGCUGCACAUCCUCUUCCCGUUGGACUGUGGGGUGCCUGACGACCUGAGCAUGGCUGACCCUAACAUUCGCUUCCUACACAAGCUGCCCGAGCAAAGUGCUGACCGUGCUGGCAUCAAGGGCCGGGUUUACACCAACAGCAUCUAUGAGCUUCUGGAGAAUGGGCAGCCGGCAGGCAUCUGUAUCCUGGAAUAUGCCACCCCCUUGCAGACCCUGUUUGCCAUGUCACAGGAUGGCCGAGCUGGCUUUAGCCGGGAGGAUCGGCUUGAGCAGGCCAAACUCUUCUGCCGGACACUUGAAGACAUUCUGGCAGCUGCCCCUGAGUCUCAGAACAACUGCCACCUCAUUGUCUACCAGGAACCUGCAGAGGGAAGCAGCUUCUCCUUGUCACAAGAGAUUCUCCAGCACCUUCGGCAGGAGGAAAGGGAGGUUACCAUGGGCACCGUGGGGACCUCGGUGAUGCCCGUUUCCUCCACACUGUCCCAAGAACCUGAGCUCCUCAUCAGUGGCAUGGAACAGCCUCUCCCGCUCCGCUCGGAUGUCUUCUGAGGCCCAGGGUCACCUUCCCUGAGCCCCUGGCCAUCCCCAAGACUCUGGAUUGGAGGAUUUCUUUCUUCAGCAGCUAGAGGCCUAGCAGAGCCAUUUCCUUCCAUAGGGGGCCUCUCAGAGAAGGUCCUUGGACUUGACAUCUCAAGAUGAAUCCUAUGACCUUGGGCAAGUUGUUUCACCUCUCUGAGCCUCAGUGUCCUCAUCUAUGAAAUGGGAUUAUAAUCAUUGCCCUACCUACCUCACAGGGUAGUUUUUGUGAGGACUAUGGCUGUAUGGGUUUUUUGUAAACUCUAAAUGCCAGGUAAACUUAAA